AUGGCCCAAGAAGUUCCAACAUUUAAAUUGGUGUUAGUCGGAGACGGAGGUACUGGUAAGACCACCUUCGUCAAGAGACACUUGACUGGAGAAUUUGAAAAGAAAUACAUCGCCACCUUGGGUGUAGAGGUGCAUCCUUUAGGUUUCCACACCGAUUUUGGUGAAUUGAAAUUUGAUGUGUGGGAUACCGCUGGACAAGAGAAGUUUGGUGGAUUGAGAGACGGCUACUACAUCAACGGUCAAUGUGGAAUCAUCAUGUUUGACGUUACAUCUAGAAUCACUUACAAGAAUGUUCCCAACUGGCACCGUGAUUUGGUGAGAGUUUGCGAGAACAUUCCAAUUGUGUUGUGUGGAAACAAGGUCGAUGUCAAGGAAAGAAAGGUCAAGGCCAAGACCAUCACAUUCCACAGAAAGAAGAACUUGCAAUACUACGACAUCUCCGCCAAAUCCAACUACAACUUUGAAAAGCCAUUUUUGUGGUUAGCCAGAAAGUUGGUCGGUAACCCACAAUUGAGCUUUGUGGCUGCCCCAGCCUUGGCUCCUCCUGAGGUCCAGGUGGAUGCCGAGUUGAUGCAAAAAUACCAGCAAGAGAUGGACCAGGCCACGGCUUUGCCAUUGCCCGAUGAGGAUGAUGCUGAUUUGUAG